UGAUAGCCAAAACUAUAUUCAGUCUUGCACAGCAACGCGUUCCGAACGCUUCAAACAUAAUAUUAAAUAUUAUCUGAGAUUCUCAAAGAAUCGAUCUGAACAUGAUUCCACAAAAUAACCAUGAAUUUGUCAUUGUGCGGUUAUCCUUUGUGCCUUAUAUACAUCCUCACUAUCCGCGCAUCAGUUAUCAAUUGAGAAAGUAUCCACCAAGCGGAUCUAUUGUACCAGUGCGAGAUUGGUUUGAGCAUGUGAUGAUGCGGGAGCGUUCGAAUCUGCCUUCUGAAAGCCAUAUACGUUUCUGCGAGUGGCGCAUUCUGACUGGCCAAUUGGAGCUUUUCAACAUUAAUGGCUAUCGUUAUGACAAGAUAAUGCUAAUCCUGGGCGAGGAUAGUGUCUCUUGGGUUUACUAUCAAUGUUUGCCUAUACAUCCUAGGAUUGAGGGUAGCGCCAAAAUUCCCAUUAGCUAUUGCAGCUGCUGCCUGGAGAAUCAGUAUUUAACUAUAAUGGAUAAAAUUAAGGAAAUUGUGUUGGGUUAUGCAAAUGAAUGAAUGAAAUAAACACCAAAUCAACAAUUAGAAGUUUUCUAUAUUAGAUUAGAAGAUGAUUUUUCAAGCUGGGAGCAAUUAUUUAAUUGAUCG